AUGAACACCAAGAACGCCUCCUCUAUCGCUGCUCCUGUCAUCCCUGAAACCAAGGAGGCGCACGCUGCGCUUAUUGCGCAGCUCGAACAGCAACUAGAGGUCGUCAAAGCCUCCUACAAUGCGAAGUGGUCCGCGGCCAUUUCAACUAUUGCAACUGUCGCUCAGAUGGCGGCGAGCACUCCCAGUACUUUCGAGGCCAGUGAAAUCCAGGUUUACGAUGUCCUCAACCCGUCUCUCCUCACUUUCAGGAAAGAACCAGUGAUACCUGGAGUCGAUCUCGACGCCCCAUUAGCAUCUCCCCCGGCCCCGGUUUCCGUUUCUGCUCCCGUCGCUGCCCCCGUCUCUGCCGCCCGAACUCCAAUGACAAUUCAAGGCGCCAUCUAUCCGGGGAUCCCCACAACUGUCCAUAUCGAUGGAACUGCAAUCGUCACCGUCUCCGCCUCACUGACUGGCCAAGGGACGUACAAGAAGUGGCACUACGAUAUCCUCACGAACUCUGUCGCCCCUCCCGCUGGAUCAUGCGUCGAAGAUCUCGACAAGGACCUCCUGCAUUCCACGUCUCCGGGCCCUGUUUCGUCCUCGUCCUCCGGCUCUGGAAAGGCUGCUUCCACGUCCGCGUCUGACCGCUCGUCCCGCCGCACGAGCCCUUACACUCGCACAGCUCGCGCCACCUCAGCCCCUCCAACAUUCACCGUCGCCGCUCCUGCCGCCCCCUCCUCAGCACCCACCACUGCCGCCGCCCCUCCCGCCUCUUCACCUGCCGCCGCCCAAGCCAGACCCGCCGCCCCCCGCCGCCUGCGUCGCGAAGAUGCAGUGACACAUGUGCACACUCGGUUCGGACCCGUCUUUGUCUCGAACAACUAUGCGCAGGCGGAGUUGGGAGCAUAUAGGAAACCAAAGGGAGUAAAGAGCACCUUCUCCCAUUUCUUGCACGACAUGCCUCGAACCGCGGUUCCUGUGGCGAGCGGGUCGGACGAUGAUAAAGGGAAGAAGCGCGCUCGCGAUGACGACGAGGACGAUGACAGCGGCCUCGGCAGUGAAGAGGAGCGCCCAAAGAAGAAGACGCUUGUUUCGGACGAGUUCGACUCGCCCGCCACCUGCUUGCCAGGGAACCACGUUCGGGUGAGGUUGCACGACCCAGCAACGGGCGCCUCGAUGACGCCUUCCUCACCGCGCCGUCGCUCGCCAAGGCUUCAAGCGGAAAACAACUAG